AUGAAUAGUGACUUUGAUUUGAGUGCAGUCAACCCUAAAGGAGAAACUUUGUUGCAUGUAGCAGCGCAAAAAGGUAAGCCAAAAAUAAUUAAUGCUUUGAUCACCCGAGGUGCUAAAAUCGAAGCAGUUUCGACUUCAGCUUCGCAUAUUUGGUUUCGUACUCGAAACAAGAAAGCCAGAUUAAAUUCAAGUAAUCAAGGAGGGAGAACUGCUCUUCAUGUUGCAGCUUUGAACAACAAUCCGGAAAACGUGAAGUGUCUUUUAGACGCCGGAGCUUGCGUGAAUAGUCUCACUACAGAGAAGAAUACUCCACUUCAUUAUGCAGUCGCUGUUGAAAAUUUUGAGAUAGUUGAGAUGAUUGUCAAAAAGGGUGCAGACGUAAAUGCAUUAUCGUACUAUAGUUCGCCACUUCAAGUUGCCUGUGGUAGCAUCUGCUAUGUAAAACUUAAACAGCAACAAUAUUUUGAAUUCAAUUCUAUCUAUUACAAAAAAUUCUUUCACAAGCAGGGCAUUGCUUCUUCUUAUAUUUAUAAUUCACGGAUUGUAACGUUUCUUCUUAACCAUGGAGCUAACAUUGAAGAAAUCAGUAGAGUAUGUGGAACUGCCUUGGAAGAAUAUUGUUACAAUGGGAAUUUGGAAAUAGCAAAGAUUCUUUUGAGUAGUGGUGCUAAUCCUAAUAGGUCUGGGAAUGCAUUGUUGUACAAUGCUGUUUUAAACCAAGAUUUAGAUAUUAUAAGACUCAUAUCGAAACAUGUAGAUGUCAACCAAAGAAGGCCAUAUGGAAUACCGUUGCAUUGGGUAGCUUCCACGCCGUGCAUUACAUCUGAAGAUAUUGUAGACAUUUUGAUGGAACAUGGUGCUAAUAUUCACGCAAAAGAUGACAGAAGAGAAGAAUCAGCACUUCGUCUAGCAGUAUUGAAUCAAAAUAAAGCGGCAAUCCUCAGGCGUCUGUUAAAAUUUAAUGCAAAUAUCGAUGCCUAUAUAAAUUGGAAAGGACAGUUCUCCAUACCGUCCAUCGUCCAUAUUCUAAUAUCACUACCGAUGAUUUUGAGGGGCACAAAUUUAAAAAUGCAAUGA